AGCACAAUUUUUAUUUUUACGUGACUGGUGUGUGGUGUCUGAUACAUAAAUAAAUAUGUACAUAUCUACGUAUCAUCACGUGUGCGAAGACUGCGAACUUCACUUUACGUGGACAUACUUCAUUUGAAAAAGUAGCGUUUUUCUUUAAAAUUCCUAACCUUAUAUCCACGUAAUUACGUGGAUUUGAUGCGAAUAGACACAGCGAAUAGUUUUUUGCGUAGAGUCUUUUUAAAUUUGACUUCUUCAGAACAUCAUGGAUACAAACGUGAAAUUGAGGCAGAUGGAGGACGAAAUGAGUCGAUUUGAGGCUGAAAUUGGAGGACAAGUAUCGACAGGGAUGAGGCCUGUCAUUGGAUCCAAUACUUACAAUACUGUAGCCAGACAGUUGGAGCAGCACGAACCAUCCCCUGUUGUAGUUGCAGCAGCUGCUUCAUUAGCCUUUCCUCCUAUGCUAGGAUUUCCUCCUCCUCCUCCACCACCACCUCCACCACCACCAGCACUACCACUUAUGGUACCAGCUCAAGUUGCAAGGCAAGGUCCAGUAACUUCUGUUGCAACUUACUCAUCUCCAGCACAAAUAACUACACCUUACAUACCAAACUUGAUAGAGGCAACGAUGUCUGCAGCAACUAAAACUUAUGAAUCUACUCCAGUAGCACCGAUUAUUCAUCCUGAAAUAAUUGAGAAGAUUAUAAAUACCAAAAUACCAGAUGAUGAUUCGAAAAAGAAGCCAAAAGCAAAAGGUGUUAGUACAGCAGCAGAGUUGGCUAUUAGUCAAGGCAAAGCUAGUUCAAUUAUGGCAAAUGCUAAUGCUGAAGAGUCACAUCCUAAAGGCAAAGGUAAAAAGAACAAAAAAAUCAUCAGAAUGGCUGGUGGACAAACGUGGGAAGAUCCUUCGUUGAUGGAGUGGGAAGACGAUGAUUUUAGAAUAUUCUGUGGCGAUCUGGGCAACGAUGUUACCGAUGAAAUGCUUGUUCGUGUUUUUAGCAAGUUCUCCAGUUUUCAGAGAGCCAAAGUAAUUCGUGACAAAAGAACAAACAAAACGAAGGGCUUUGGUUUUGUAUCGUUCAAGGAUCCACAAGACUUCAUUAGAGCUAUGAAGGAAAUGAAUGGAAGAUACGUUGGUUCACGUCCCAUUAAACUGCGCAAAAGCAACUGGAAGCAGAGAAAUCUAGACACCGUAAGAAAGAAGGAAAAGGAAAAGCAAGUUCUCAUUGGUCUUUUAACCGGAAAAUAAAGAUGCAAUAUGUUUGCCUCUGUAAAAAGAAAUGCGCAUUCAAUUGCAAGAUUCUCAAGACCCUCCAAGCUUUCGGGCUAUACGUGGUUUUGGUGAGUUUUUUUUCAUAGCAAAUUUACAAGCGAAAAUUCAAAGGAUUAGUUUACUUUGUUUAAGCUUGUGUGUUACAGAAUAAACACAAGCACCGUUUUGACGAUGUACAUGAUAGAAUAAUUUUCCAAAUAGGAAUCCGCUGUGUAUGUUAAGUUAACUAUAAUAAUGAAAGGUAAAGAUACCAUUAAUUUAAUUCCCUUGGACUUUUUUGAUUGAUGAAACAAAAUCUUUAUACUUGUAUACGUCUUUAAACUUCCUGUAUUAAGUACUCUCACGCAAUAAAAAUUUUUUAAAUGGCGUUUUUUGUACAGUAUUGUAAUUAGUUUCAGUGAUGGAUAAACUUUUAAGUAACUCAAGCAUUUCAAAAUUAUUUAAAUCUUCAUGGAAACAAAAUUAUUGUAACUCAUCUUAUAACAAUCAUAUAUAUGUAAAAGAGUAUGCAAAGUUUGUUGAUAUUAUUGGAAUUAUUAUUAUUAUUAUUUUUUUUUUAAUUUUACACCACUCAAAAUUAAGAUUCACUAGACGUAUACGAGUUUUUCUCUGUAAAUAAACCUAAGUCACAGCUGUGGAAAAAAUUGUAAAAAUCGUAUCUCACGAAUAAUGAUCGAUUUAAUAAUAAAUUAUUUUAAAAAACA